GGCCGGGACGCGGAGCAUGGAGCCGCGGGCCGGCUGCCGGCUGCCCGUGCGGGUGGAGCAGGUCGUCAACGGCGCGCUGCUGGUCACCGUGAGCUGCGGCGAGCGCCGCUUCGCCGGGAUCCUGCUGGACUGCACGAAAAAGUCCGGCCUCUUCGGCCUGCCCCCAUCAGCUCCGCCGCCCCAGGCCCAGGACCCGCCUGUCAACGGCUGCCACGGGCCGGCCCCCACGGAGGGGGACACAGAGGCGAUGCAGCUGGGGACAGGCCCCCCGCCACCUUCCAGUGGGGACCAGGCCCCUGAGACCGCCAGCCCCGAGCCGCCCCUGCUGCCCGCCGGAAGCCUGCCCCCGUUCCCGCCCUAUUUUGAAGGCGCCCCCUUCCCUCCCCCGCUCUGGCUGAGGAACACGUACCGGCAGUGGGUGCCGCAGCCGCCCCCCCGGGGCAUCAAGAGGACACGGAGGCGCCUGUCCCGCAACCGCGACUCUGGCCACCUGGCCCUGAGUCCCAUCCGCCUGCGACCCCGCCAGGUGCUCUGUGAGAAGUGCAAGAGCACCCUGAGCCCCCCAGAGGCCAGCCCCGGCCCCCCGGCCACCCCCCGGCCGCGCAGGGAGCCCCGAAAGCCCGAGGACCCCGACGGUGGAGGUGACACGACCGCCAAGAGGAGCAAGAGGGAGAGGCGGCAGGAGACGCGGGCCCGGGUCCCUCGGAGCCCAGUCAUCAAGAUCUCCUACAGCACGCCCCAGGGCACCGGCGAGGUGGUGGAGAUCCCCUCCCGCGUGCACGGCUCACUGGAGCCCUUCUGCCCCCCGCAGGCCCCGCCCGGAGGCCCGGACCCCGAGGCGCCCAGGGACAGGCCGCCCACCGGGGCCCCGGCCUCCAUCCCCAAGCUGAAGCUGACGCGGCCCCUGCCCCCCAGCGCUGCCCCGCCGCCCCCCAAGAUCCGCCUGAAGCCCCACCGCCCGGGGGCUGGCGAGCAGGAGCCCGUCUACAGGGCCGAGCUGGUGGAGGAGCUCAAGGGCUGUGGCCGCGGCCCCCGGGCCGGCUCACCCGCACCCCUGGCUGACGGCUCUGCCCGCUCUGGGCUGGCGGACUCGUCUUCUGGAAGUUCUGGCGAGGACGACGACUGCAAGGGGUGUCCCCGAGGUGAACACGGGCCUGACGGCCUGGCUUUUCUCGCCGCCUGCACCCGGAGAACUGGCUGUGCCAGCGUGUCAGUGUGGAGCAGCGACAGCCUGGACGAGUCCAAAUCGUCCAGCUCGGAAGUGACGUCACCAGACAUGUGUGACCUCUCAUCUGGCGACGGCGCGUCUGUGCCGGCCUCGUCCAAGGACGCACAGCCGACGGUCCCACCCCUGACGGUCAGGCUGCACACGCAGAGCGUCUCCAAGUGCGUUACCGAGGACGGAAGGACCGUGGCCGUAGGGGACAUCGUGUGGGGUAAGGUUCAUGGUUUUCCUUGGUGGCCAGCACGUGUCCUGGACAUCAGUCUUAGCCAGAAGGAGGACGGGGAGCCCUCCUGGCAAGAAGCGAAAGUCUCGUGGUUUGGUUCUCCAACUACGUCGUUCUUGUCUAUUUCAAAACUCUCCCCUUUCUCUGAAUUUUUCAAACUGAGAUUUAACCGUAAGAAGAAGGGGAUGUAUCGGAAAGCUAUAACAGAGGCUGCCAAUGCCGCCCAGCACGUGGCCCCGGAAAUAAGGGAGCUCUUAACCCAGUUUGAAACGUAACUUGGGUUCCGACCAGGUCACAGACAAUGAGGGCAUGGCUAUUCCCCUGCAGCUCCUGACUUCAGGGGUGUCCUCCGCACCCCCGUUCCGUCCCAGGACCCUGCAAGCCUUCUGGCCGGCUGCGCGCAGAGACCCGGCCCGCGGGGUCAGCCUGAUUCGAGGCCUCCGGGGGCAGCAGGUGCAUCUGGCCACGAGGACAGGACACCGGAGCGCUGCGACUCCUCUUGGCCAAAUGUAUUUAUUCCCCUGACGCAGACUUUAGCUUUUCUGGUUUGUGAAGAGCCAGAGCCCAGCAGCAAGGGUGGCCUCCGGGGUCAGGGCGCCCAGGGGAGCAGGGCCGCGUCACCUCCCUGCUGGCUUCGGGACAACCCAGCCCCGGGCGCACGGGGUCUCUGUGUGCUUGACAACCGGCCGCCUCCCCCUCCUCAUCCCCCUCCCCCUCCCCGUCCCCCUCCACGUUCAUCCAGAGCGUGGGUCUCGCUGGGCUCCCCGCACCAGCCCCAGGGCCGCCCUGUCCCCCUGUCCCGUGCAGAGGCGAUGGGGCUGCCACUCUGCAGUCAGACUUCAACGUAAAAAGGAUAAAAACCUCGCCUGUUCUUUGUAAGAGUGCGUUCCAUACCCCUUUUUGUCACUCUGAAGACCAAAAAGCAAACAGAAAGAUAAAGAAAAUGAGUUCUGCUCUCGGUUUAAAUGUAAGAAAACAAAGAGGUCUGUGGGGAAGUCACCGUGACUCAGGCGCACCUGCGGUGCGGGUGGACCCCGGGGAAGCGCUCGUCGCGUGGACAGUGGCGGCUUUGAGGGCGGGUCGCUUGCGGUCCUCCUUCCCCGUGGGCCGGUUUGCUGUUCUGGCUGCUGCUGCUCCUCGGCCAGCCCCCUCAGGGCUUUCUAGCUGGCACGACUUUCCCAGGCAGGACGACAUCUCAGGAGGUGGAGAGUUUGCUCGUUUCUCCCUGUGAAACCUCGACCCCCUGGUUUCCUGGUCGGCUCCUUCAGAGCCGAGGGACAUCCCAGAGGGGACGGUGGUGCCUCUGCCUGUUCCUGGCUUUACUAGAACAUUCGUGGUGUCCCCACACCCAGCAGGACCUGCUCCUGGCCAGGCCGGAGGUCCUCUCCAGGAUGGAAGAGGGGUGGGACUCCCUUCCCCGUGGGGCCUGGGGUUCUGGGCCUGACUCUUGGGUGCGGGUAGCGGGAAGAUGGUGGUUUUCAAACAUUUGGAGCAUCAGAGCCCUUUUCUCAAACAAAAUCUUACCAAAAUAAACCCCCCUAGGAGGAGCUGUUCUGGUCCAGGCCCUCCCACCCUGAGACCCACCCCCAGAGGAGGGAGGGGCAACCUUGCAUGAGUCCAGGAGGGCAGAGAGGGGGUGCUAUCCUUCACCUGCCCUCCCCUACCCUUCCUGCCCCUGCCCUGAGGGUCCAGCAGAGCCAAGGCCCUGACUUGGGGCAGGGCAGCCUGGCCUCCGUGUGCAGGCCAGAGGGGCCGUCCAGACCCUCUGCGCCCGCGGUUGCCCAGAGCUGUUCCCCACCUCAAGCCCCGCUCUGAGGCCUUGGUCCUAGACGGCUCCCUUGGGGGCCAGGGGCUGCCACGCCCGCCUUGAGGGAGACGCAGCUGCCCUGGGAUGAGGCCUGGACUUGGGGAGGAAGUGACGACCCCGCAGAGAGAGGGCGUUCCCUGUAAGCCAGGCACUGCUCCGUGGAGAAACGCAUGUCUCGGAGUGAUCGGGACCCCAGUCCCCCAAGAUGGCAGCCUGGCCUGGGCACGUUCACUCCUGACUACCAGCCUGGCUCUCCCAGCCCGGCUCUCCCAGCCCCUCCCUGCGGGCCAGCGCAGCAGGACCAGCCCCAAGGUCAAGUGCAAGGAUGGCCACCAGCACAUGGGGCUUUGGAGCGCCACAGACAGAUGGGUGACCGCCUCUGCAGGAGACACAGGCAGUCCCUUGCCCUGGAGUCGCCCCUGGACCGUCCCAGGCCAGCGCCCUCUAUGUUCCAGCUGGGCCCGGCCCUGAUAGGACCCUCAGGCCUGCGGGCUCCCCGGUCCCUUGACCACCCUGCUCCUGAUGACCUGACGCCACCUGGUCCUGCUCAGGGCACUCUCCUGCCCUGGGCUGGGGGCCUCUCCAUGCCAUGGCCCCAAGGCUCCCCUCCAGCCACCCACUGCUCAGACACCCAUGGCACCCAGGAUGGGGCUGCCCGCACUGAAGCCUUCAGGAGGGCGGCUAGGCCGGAGGGGCUAAAGGGGAGCCGAGUCCUGGCCAUUCCUGUCCCAGGGCUUUAUAUGCCCCCGCCAGCUGGGGCGCGCUGUCCCCUGGGACAGACAGCAGUUCUAAUU